UCAACCAAAGAGCUCCGGAACGUGACGCUGGCCGUCAUCCUGCCCGGGAGCAACACGGCCUACCCGUGGGCGUGGCCCCGGGUGGGCCCCGCCCUGAAGCGGGCCGUACGACGGGUCAACGGGGAUCCGGGCCUGCUGCCGGGCGCGCGGCUGAUCUACCGCUUCCGAAGCAGCGAGGACGUCAACGGCACCUGCUCCGAGUCGGUGGCGCCGUUGAUGGCGGUGGACCUGAAGCUGGCGCACGACCCGUGGGCCUUCCUGGGGCCGGGCUGCUGCUACACCUCGUCGCCGGUGGGCCGCUUCACCACCCACUGGGGCGUGCCCAUGGUGACGGCGGGGGCGCCGGCCGUGGCCUUCGACGACAACAGCUACCGCUCGGUGACCAACACGGGGCCCACCCACAAGAAGCUGGGCCGUUUCGCCGAGCGCGUGUGCCGCCACUUCGGCUGGCGCCGCCACAUCAUGCUGCUCUACGGCGACGACAAGUUGGACGACCGGCCCUGCUACUUCGCCAUGGACGGGCUGUACGCCGGGCUGCGGGGCGUCAACGCCACGCUGGUGCCCAGCGUCUUCGAGGAGCGCCUGGCCAUCAACUACACGCAGAUCCUAGAUGACGUCCAGUCCAGCAGAGUGUUGUUCGUGUGCUGCUUGCCCGACGUGUUCAGGAAAAUGAUGAUCCACUUCCGACGCGCCGACCUCCCCCACGAGCAGUUCGUCUUCUUCUUCAUCGACCUGUUCGGCGAGAGCCUCAAGUCGCGGCGGCCGUGGCAGCGCGGCGACGCCGACGACGCCGUGGCCAAGGAGGCCUUCCGGAGCGUGAAGAUCCUGACCUAUCGGGAGCCCCGGAACGCCGAGUACAAGGACUUCGUGGCCCAACUGAAGAAAGACGCCAAGGAUGAGUUCAACUUCACCGCCGACGACUCCCUGAUGAACAUCAUCGCGGGGGGCUUCUACGACGGCCUGAUGCUCUACGCGCACGCGCUCAACGAAAGCAUGACGGCGGGCGGCGAGCGGCCGCCGGGGAGCCUGGUCACCCGCCGGAUGUGGAACAGAACCUUCCACGGUGUGACCGGGACUUUGCGUCUCGACGAGAACGGCGACAGAGAGACCGACUUUGCUUUGUGGGACAUGAUGGACACCAACAGCAGUGUUUACCAGAUGGCGUUGGUGUACAACACUUUGGAGGAGAACCUGAUGGCCGUUCCCGGGACGGCGCUGCACUGGCCGGGCGGAGUCUGUCCUCCCGACGUUCCCGUCUGCGGAUUCAACAACGAUAACCCCGCUUGCCUCGCCCGGACCAUUACCAUCCGGCAGCUGGCCUCCAUCCUGGUCUUCUUCGUGUUGACCAUGACCCUGACGGUGGCCGUUUUCAUCUACAGGAGGAUGAAACUGGAGAAGGAGCUGGUGGCCGAGCUUUGGCGGAUCUCGUGGGACGACAUCCACACGGGCGACCCGGACAAAACCGGCGGCGGCAGGAUGACACCGUCUCUGAGAGGCUCCAACUACGGCUCGCUGAUGACGGACGGCCACGUGCAGGUCUUCGCAAAGACGGGCUAUUACAAGGGAAACUUGGUGGCCAUCAAGUACGCCGACAGGAAACGGGUGGAGCUCAAUAGGAAGGUCCUGUUUGAGCUCAAACACAUGCGGGAUGUUCAGAACGAGCACCUGACCCGCUUCAUCGGCGCCUGCGUGGACCCUCCCAACACCUGCAUCUUGACCGAAUACUGUCCCAGAGGCAGCCUGCAGGACAUCCUGGAGAACGACAGCAUCACACUGGACUGGAUGUUCCGAUAUUCUCUCAUCAACGACAUGGUCAAGGGCAUGGUGUUCCUCCACAACAGCGUGCUGAUCUCCCACGGGAAGCUCAAGUCUUCCAACUGCGUGGUGGACAACCGCUUCGUGCUCAAGAUCACCGAUUACGGUCUCAGCAGCCUGCGGGCCGAGAGCCCGGCGGCCAAGGACGCUCACGCCUACUACGCUCAGAGGUUGUGGAUGGCUCCGGAACUUUUGCGGAUGGAGUCGCCCCCUCCGCAGGGCAGCCAGAAGGGCGACGUCUACAGCUUCGGGAUCAUCCUCCAGGAGGUGGCGCUGCGCCGAGGCGUUUUCUACCUAGAGGGCGAGCCGCUGAGCCCCAAAGAGGUGGUGGAGCGCGUGGUGCUGGGCGAGUGGCCGUGCCUGCGACCGGCGCUGGACCCGCGCGCUCACAGCCCCGAGCUGGGCCAGCUGAUGCAGCGCUGCUGGGCCGAGGAGCCCACCGAAAGACCCGAAUUCAACCACGUCCGGAUGCUGCUGCGCAAGCACAACAGGGAGUCUCGGACCAACAUCCUGGACAACCUGCUGUCGCGCAUGGAGCAGUACGCCAACAACUUGGAGGAGCUGGUGGACGAACGCACGCAAGCGUACCACGAGGAGAAGCGCAAGGCCGAAACGCUGCUCUACCAGAUCCUGCCGCACUCGGUGGCGGAGCAGCUGAAGCGCGGCGAGACGGUCCAGGCGGAAGCCUUCGACUCGGUCACCAUCUACUUCAGCGACAUCGUGGGCUUUACCAGCAUCUCCGCCGAGAGCACGCCCAUGGAGGUGGUAACGCUGCUCAACGACCUGUACACGUGCUUCGACGCCAUCAUCGACAACUUUGACGUUUACAAGGUGGAGACCAUCGGCGACGCUUACAUGGUGGUGUCGGGGCUGCCGGUGAGGAACGGGAAGCUGCACGGGCGCGAAAUAGCCCGAAUGGCGCUGGCCCUGCUGGACGCCGUCACCACCUUCCGCAUACGCCACCGUCCGGACGAGCAGCUCAAGCUCCGCAUCGGAAUACACAGCGGUCCGGUGUGCGCCGGCGUGGUGGGCCUGAAGAUGCCUCGCUACUGUCUGUUCGGCGACACGGUCAACACCUCGUCCAGGAUGGAGUCCACUGGAGAAGCUUUGAAGAUCCACGUGUCAUCGGCGGCCCGUGACGUCCUAAGGGAGUCGGGCCACUUCCGCCUGGAGCUGCGAGGCGACGUGCAAGUCAAGGGCAAAGGCACGAUGACCACUUAUUGGUUGCUGGGAGAGAGCGACGACCAAUGA